UCGUUUUCUGUUAACGUAGCUACAGCGUUACUGUUGGUACGGUACAGGACAAAGGAAUUUUUUGUAAAAAAUAUUAAUUCAAAACUCGUUUGAUUUUCUUGUAAAAUUACGUGCGCACAAGUGUUGUUUUCCGGAAUCUUUAAAAAAACAAUAAUUAAGUAACUUACUAAUCGAGUUUCAUUGACCCGUAAAAUGUCAUAAGAAAUGGACAUUAAUGAUUAAGACAUGGGUAACAAAAAAGGAAGCGAAAAAAGCAGACAUCCACGAAAAGAUGCCAACCCGUUUUCAGUAGCCACAUUUUGCUGGACAAUCCCCAUUUUCAUAAAAGGCUUCAAGAAAGUGUUAGAAGAAGAAGAUUUAUAUGGCCCAUUAAAAGAUCAUGAAUCAAACUAUCUAGGUAAUAAGCUGGAGUGUGCAUGGAAAAAAGAAGAAAACAAUAAAAAAUCCUCUCUAUGGAGAGCCCUGUUUCGUGUGUUUGGAUUGAGAAUAGUGUUCCUCGGUUUUGUUUCUUUAUUUCUGGAAGUGUUUGUAAAAAUAGCGGAGCCUUUAGCUUUAGGGAAGUUACUGGAUUUUUAUACCACAAAAGAUACUCAUGUUACCAGAAACGAAGCAUAUAUUUAUGCGUGCGUAAUAGCAGGAAGUUCUGUACUGUACGUAAUCAUAUCUCAUUUAUACGCUAUGGAAAACCAGCAUUUAGGUAUGCAAAUGAGAGUUGCAGUCUGUUCGCUAAUCUAUAGAAAAUCGUUGAAAUUGAAUCAAUCGGCCUUUGAAGAAGUCAGUACUGGGCAACUGGUAAACUUGUUAUCUAAUGAUGUGGAUAGAUUCGAUUCUCUGUUGCUACAUAUUCACAGUUUAUGGUUAUGUCCCGUUGAAAUCGUAAUAAUUAUUAUACUUAUAUAUUUUCAUGUCGGAUUCACAGCAACUUUAGGAUCCAUAUUUCUUGUUAUCUUCUUACCAAUACAAAUUUGUUUGGGAAAAAGAAUUUCUCUGUAUCGUUUGAGAACUGCAUUAAGAACAGAUGAAAGAGUAAGACUGAUGGGUGAAAUAAUUUCGGGAAUAAACGUUAUAAAAAUGUACAGCUGGGAAUGUUAUUUCAUGAAACUAGUAAAAUUUAUCAGAAGGUGAGUAAAAUACAGCUGAAC